AUGUCGCAUUGGGAAGAACAUGGGAUCACGAUGCGCAAACUCUUCGGCGCCUACUGUUCUGGCGGCGUGUUUGGGCAUGGUAUUCUAUUAGGACAGAUCUUCCAGAAGCGUCAAGUAGUCGAGAGAGUCUCGACAGAUGAGACAGAUCCUGCUGGUGAGGUACCACGGGCAGAAGCAAUCAAUCCUGCUAAACCAGCCCCGCCUGCCUCGACACCAACAGCAGUCACCAAUGUGGAUGUGAUAUACAUUGACUCAUCGGAUUUGACUUCGGAAGACGAGAGACUCAAGCGCAAAGUGCCUUCGAAGCGGGACUACGAGCAGUUCCAGGGUCAUGAAGACCCUCAACGUCAUAUGGGAAAGCUUUUAUGGACCAGUAAAGCUGCGUGCUGGAAUUGA